AGAUCACCACAGUCCACUCGACAUCAGAAGUAAGUCGACAUGCAAGAGUGUUUCCACCUUUAGGGAAGAAUGGAAAGCAGAAGUCUGAGAAAGUUGUUAUCAGAGAAGACCACAUGGAAUUAUCUACUGAAGAUGGAGUUUGUCCAUUGUUUACCUUUGCUAUGAAUGUCAUUGUGUUUCUGGAGAUGAGUGGGAAGUGGCCUGAUGAUGUUCUGGCCAUUCAAGCCAUCAAGGCAGAAUUCUACAAGCACAUGUCUGACCUGCUGGAGAAGGACAAUAUUAGAGCAAUUGUCUUCCCUCGUUUCCUGCAGGUCCUCUGGGAAGGCUAUGUUUUUCGCAUUGAGGUUUGUUACCGCCGAGAGAUCUAUCUACAAAGGCUGGUAGAAACUCCUGAUGGAGACUGGAAGGAAAAAGACACCGAGGCUGCUAUCAAUCUUGAAAAGCAAAUGGAAAUGGUCCCCAAAAUUACAACCAGUCUUGCAAGGUACAUAAAACAUUAG